CCGGUGCGGUGGAAUGUGGUCGUGUUCGCAUUUUGUUCGCGCGGCUUUCCAUUCAUCCGCCUGUGUAAUUUGUAGUGGUGCGCGCAGCCUCAUCAUCCUCGUCGGUUAACGACGUUGCAACGACAGUUUUCAAGUUCUCGGGUCAUCGCACUUCCGAAGAGGAGAGAACGAGAAAGAGGCUCCUCUCGUUGACGACGCCGCGCGUCACGUCACGUCACGGCACCGUCGUUGUCGGACGCGAAACGGAGAGACAGACGCGAAAAAAAAAAAUAAAAUAAAAUGCGGCGACGCACGUAGCGCGAGGGAUACAGUGUAAGAUCCGGGCCACGAAGUGUCGAAAUUGCAUCAUGGACCAUCACCUAACGACGGUUCUCGGCGACGCGCACAAAGGACGAAAGCGGUCGGGGAGCGACGUGUGAGAGACGAGAGCGAGUGUUGUACGAGAGAGCAUACAGAGAAGUGCGGGAGCAAGAUGGCGGAAUCGAGCUAUUAUCAGGGUGAUUACAUCAGGUACCCAGUUCUUUACGAACUGUCGAGCAAGUAUGGAGUGGCUGGCAGUGACCAGGUGCCCUUGCCGGCUCGUCUCGACGAGCUGCGAGAGCACAUACGACGAGAAAUACGCAAGGAGCUGAAGAUAAAAGCCGGAGCGGAGAAGUUGAGAGAAGUCGCGACCGAUCGCAAGUCGCUUUCCGAUGUCGCGACGAUUGUGAAGAAGUCGAACAGCAAGUUAAACGAACUCCAGGCGGAGUUGCAGCAGCUCGAGAGCCAAAUUAUUCUGACGCAGGGCCAGCCCCAGUCGCCGCAACAAAAUCACUCCAACGGUCAAGACACGCCUCUAUCACCGAUGGGGCCUUCGUCGCCGAGUCAGGAAGGUCUAUUCACGGAUCUUCGGCUUCUGUCCUUGGAGAAGCAGCUCAAUAUCGAACUGAAGGUGAAGCAGGGUGCUGAAAAUAUGAUACAGAGUUUAACGAGCGGCCAUCGUGACAAGAAAUUGCUACAGGAGGCUCAACAAAUGCUAGACGAUUCUCGCGCCAAAAUCGAGUUCCUACGCAUGCGAAUAAUGAAAGUUCGCCAAGCAAAACAGCAACGAGGCGACGCAUUGCCACCGAAUGGCGAAGCAACUAGUAACAAAGAUAGGUACGAGCCCAGUUUGGAGCUCGCGUUGGAGGAGAGGGUGGAAGAACUACGGCAUCGAUUACGAAUAGAGGCAGCUGUCGUGGAAGGUGCCAAGAACGUGAUACGUCUUUUACAAAGUGCCAGAGUCGCUGAUAAGAAGGCUUUAACCGAGGCCCAGGCGAGCCUCGCGGAAUCCAGUAGAAAAUUGGACCUGCUCAGACUGUCCCUUGAACUCAGAAGGCAAGAGCUACCACCUGACAGCGGCACCGCGGCACAAUUAAAGAGAGAAUUAGCUAGCGUACAAUCAGCCAGUCCGGUUCCUGUUACUUAUACAUCGUUGCAACCCUUCCGCGGUCCCCUGGAAGGCAAAACCACUAUACCAGCUUCAGUAUCGAGAUGCGCCGCUGUGACGGGACAAUUAGAGGUAAGGCUUAUGGGAUGUCAAGACUUGGCGGAAGAAGUGCCUGGCCGGACGAAGAGGGAACAUCCUGCUAGUCCUGAUCUACGUAGCUUCGUGAAGGGUGUGAAAGGACUCAGCUCGAGCAAGUCGUAUAGCGUGAAGGACGAAACAAGCAAUGACAUUAUGGCAGUUAUAAAAUUGGAUAACCAAACCGUAGGACAGACUAGCUGGCGUCCAUGUUCCCAACAAGCUUGGGACCAAAGGUUUUCCAUCGAACUAGAUAAAUCACGAGAGCUUGAAAUAGGAAUCUACUGGAAAGAUUGGAGAUCUCUGUGCGCGGUCAAGUUCUUACGUUUAGAGGAGUUUAUCGAUGACGUUCGACACGGCAUGGCCUUACAGUUGGAACCACAGGGCCUCCUGUUCGCGGAGAUCAAGUUCUUGAAUCCAAUGAUAUCGCGAAAGCCUAAGUUGCAGCGUCAACGGAAGAUCUUUAAGCAACAGGUGAAGAAUUUCCCAAGAGCGAAUCAAAUGAACAUAAACGUCGCGACUUGGGGUAGACUACUCAAACGUUCGGCGCCUUCGUUGCACAAUUCCAGAAGCUCGGAGAGUCCGCCAACAGGACCGCAACCCCUGCAACUAGUAUUUGAUACCUCGAUAGAAGAUAAGCCUGAGACUCCCGGCGAAGUGCCCGAUCCGGAGAAAGGUGGAUUGGGCGGCGCGCGGCCUUUAGGAAUGUCAACAACGAGUAGUAGUAGUCCAACUCUGCCACGUCCUCCGGAACAUCCUCCCCCACCGCCGCCGAUUGUCGCGAAGAAACCUACACCUGCACCUACGCCGCCAAUUAAACAUACACCCAAAUUAGAUCAGGAGUUACAGAGUGCAUUAAGGGAGUUUGAUUUUCUGCACAACGAGGAGAAGGGGGGGCCUCAGGGCGCAAUAUUGAGGCCCCUCGUGACAGAGCCCCGCCCUGUGCUGAUUGCACCACCCUCUCCACGCACACCCUCGCCCCAACCUGUGGUCGAGUUUCCUGAGGAUGAGGUAUACGAACUGCCAAUCAGACCCCUUCAGUAUAGGGAUAGUGCCUACGAGUCGAGAAGACACUCUCAGAUCAACGGUAUGACCUUGGAGAACUUCAGGCUGCUCUCUGUUCUCGGUCGCGGACAUUUCGGCAAGGUGAUACUGUCGCAGUACAGAAACACGGGAGAGUACUUCGCAAUCAAAGCCUUGAAGAAAGGAGAUAUCAUAGCUAGAGACGAAGUGGAGUCGUUGCUGUCUGAAAAGAGAAUAUUCGAAGUGGCGAACACAACGCGUCAUCCUUUCCUCGUGAAUUUAUUCGCGUGCUUUCAAACUGAGGCACAUGUAUGUUUUGUAAUGGAAUACGCGGCCGGUGGAGAUCUUAUGAUGCAUAUACACGCCGAUGUUUUCGGGGAGCCACGUGCCGUGUUUUAUUCAGCUUGCGUUGUUCUGGGAUUGCAAUACUUGCACGAAAAUCGCAUUAUUUACAGAGACUUGAAAUUGGACAAUCUGCUCUUGGAUACGGAAGGUUACGUUAAAAUCGCAGAUUUUGGCUUAUGUAAAGAAGGCAUGGGAUUCGGAGACAGGACAGGCACUUUCUGCGGUACUCCUGAAUUCUUAGCGCCUGAAGUCUUGACAGAGACCUCUUAUACGCGAGCUGUAGAUUGGUGGGGCCUUGGAGUCUUGAUCUUUGAAAUGCUUGUUGGAGAGUCUCCUUUCCCGGGUGACGACGAGGAAGAAGUGUUUGAUUCCAUCGUAAACGAUGAAGUACGAUAUCCACGAUUUCUUUCUUUGGAAGCGAUAGCAAUCAUGAGAAGAUUAUUGAGAAAGAAUCCAGACAGGAGAUUAGGUAGCAGUGAAAGAGAUGCAGAAGAUGUCAAGAAACAAGCAUUUUUCAGACAUAUUGCUUGGGAUGAUUUGCUUCUAAGGCGCGUAAAACCACCUUUUGUACCAGUAAUUCAUUCGGUGGAAGAUGUAAGUAAUUUCGAUGAAGAGUUUACAUCCGAGAAGCCACAAUUAACACCUCCGAAAGAUCCUCGGCCUCUUAGUGAUUUGGAGCAAGGCCUGUUCAAAGACUUUACUUACAUGGCUGAUUGGUGCUAGCCAUUAUGAUUAAUCGGCGCUGACGAAACUAUCGGCAUGUCGUAUAAUUGAAGAAAAGAAGUUUUACUACUACAAGAUGAAAUUUUUUGCGCAACUGCAUUAGUGCGGUUUGUUUAUAUCUGAGCAAUACAUAUACAUAUAUACAUAUAAAUCUCUCAUCAUGUAUACAUAUAUUUCUUAUUUUUUAAUACUAUAUUAACGAUCGCAGUAGAACAGAUUUACAAGAGAAAUUUUUUUAUCUUAUCGAAUCUCAGGUUUUCUCCAUUAUGAGUUACAUACUUUUAAUAGGUACAUGAUACUUGGAGUUUACAAUCUCCAGUUUCAUAUUAAAUAAACACACACACACACACACACACAUAUAUAUAUAUAUAUAUAUAUAUAUAUAUUAUGCGAAUAGUUGAUUGUUUACGAUUAUUCAGUUGACGAAAUAUUUAAUAGUGCUGUCCAUAUUCGGGAAUAUCCGGUUACUAUUUCGGAUAUUAUUUGGAUAUUAGUAUUCUUAAAACUGAUCAAAAAUUAUGUCAUCAACUAUGUCAAGUGAAGGAAAAAGCGAUGAAGUCUACCAACUUUUGACAAAGAAUUUUUUUCGCAUGAAAAACAAAUAAAAAUUUUAGAUUA